AUGGCCGAGCCGUCGCACCUGACAGACCCUCUUUGGCCAGACGUCGACUCGAAGGCAGAGAAUGACUAUGUUGAAACUUCGCCGGGCUCUGGUGUUCUGCAGCAUUAUGCAAACGGGAGUUCGAAAGCUGUCGGGUUUCGGUGGUCGUGCCGCAUCCAACUAACGACCGAUCUGGAUGAGAAUUGGCUUGCUGGUGGCAUCGUUCAUUACGUUGUGCAUCCCACCGUCGCAGAUAUGACCAUCGCAGAGUUUCAAGCCGAGCUGCUCGCUCUAUUUAGCACCCAGUGCGGCGUUGGCAUGGGCAGUGACAGUGGGUUGAGUGGCUCUACGUCCGCACUCAGUAUUGGCGGUUCCAGCACCGUUAGUGGCAAGACAAUGGAUGCCAUGACGAUCGCAGCCGCGCCUAACUGCAUAAAACCAGUUUUGGCCGCUCUUCGAACGCACGUCAAUCAGUACGCCGACGUUGACCCGACUCGAGCUCUCGUCAGCAGCAUGGUUCACGACAACUUGGCUCUGCGCCAGUUUUCUCUCGACGACGCCAUGCAGCAUGAAGAUCUUUGCUGGUAUCUCUACUGUGCUACUUUGCAAACAACUUUCUCACUGGGAGCACUGCAGUUUAGAGACCAGGUCAACGACUUCCUGGUUGGCGCUGAAGUCAAGACCGACAAGCCGAGUCAUCCUGCUUCUUCUGAGCCCACGAUGCGCACCUGAGCCGGUCCCGGAGGAGAACGGCCGUGAGUACAGUAUGUUGUGUUCCUGGGAUCCAUAGCCAAACACCCACAGCGCUUGCUCGAGUUGGUCUUGCACUGCCACCACACCAUUUGGCAAGUAUUGUUGGUGUCACUGCUGCUCAGCGACGCGGCGGCUGAGGCGAUGCAAGCGUUGUUGUCUGUCAUCGUUUCAGAGUUGGAUGCUUUUUCUCAGAUUUCAGAGUCGUGCUCGGUUUUCAUGUUCUCUUUCAAUGUAUUGGAAACAACAGCGCAUAGAUCUGAAUCCCUAACAUUGUCGUUCGAUAUACCCGACAGAAAGCGACGCAAGUCGCACAAAACAGAAAGACUGCCCGAGUUGAACUUCAACCUCCCAACCCUCGCGCAUUUGGCGGAUGACAGGAUGGUCCGUUGGCGAAAUUGUCAGGCUUCAGUAGUUGCCAAUCGUGGAAGCAAGCGGGUUUAUCUUGUUCUUGAUGUGCAAUGAACAAGCAAAAGAUAAAGGAACCAUCAGGAGGGCCGUUUCCAUUGAGUAUUGGUUUGAGGAACGUGGACGGAGCAUCAAUGGCUCUCAUUGGCAAGAACAAACAACCUACUCAAGCUCAGGCAGAAUGCCGUUGACGUUGCGUGCCUCUUCAAGCGCUUGAAUGCCAACUUGGCCAAUGCAGUUGUGUCCUAGACUGGCGUUCAAAGUGUUAGCAGGUUGACAACGUAGCAAGUUCUGAAUGAUGCUGGUUCAAUGUCCCAGACGAGCAAGGCACCCAAGCACUUACGUCAGUUCAGUCCGCGUCUUGUUCACUUUGAGUGUCUCAGCAAUCGCCCGCGCUCCAGCAUCGCCAAUCUGAUUCUGGCUCAGACUGCCCGUCCCUUUCCAUCA